AUGGCCCACAACGAGAACCCCGGAAACUUCGCCAACCGCCCCCACGAGGAGGUCCAGAAUAUCGCCCGCAAGGGAGGCCAGUCCAGCCACAGCGGUGGCUUUGCCAGCAUGGACCCUGAUAAGCAGCGCGAUAUCGCAUCCCAGGGUGGCCAGGCCUCUAGCGGCAGCUUCCAGCCCGGCGAUCCCCGCGCCAGAGAGGCCGGCCGCAAGGGUGGAAAGGCUACUGGAAACACUGAGCCUGAGGAAUAG